UGUCGUGUUGCCCGCACCGCACGGCCGGUGCCAUGCCGCUCUGCUCCCCUCCACUCCACGCAGGGCGGCAGGCGGUGGACCAUGUUAGAUAUAUUAGGUGUAGUAGAUGAGCUAUGGGUUAUGUGGGCUUGAGGAGAUAUAAAUAUAGGCUGAGUCAGCUGUAAAAGGCAUCAAACAACGAAAUACAAAAUACCAAUUUACUUAGACCCCGUCUAGCUCUCGUCUUCCUUCCGUCUUCCUAGCUCUAAUCUCUGAUCUCCUUUCUUCUACCUUCUGUGGUGCUAACAUUUGGUAUCAGAGGAGGAAUCCAUGGAUACUGUGCUGCAACGACUUCUGGACGAACUGACGCACAUGGAGGCGCGCUUGACAUGUGUGUUGGCUGGCCGUUGUGGCGAGCAGUCUGCACGCGCGCGCACUCCCUCCUCCGACGAUGGAUCCACACCGUCCUACCUCGCCCCCACCAGCGAGGCCGUCGACAAGCUCCGUCAGGACCUCAACCCUUGCUGCGUCUACCGAGACAGCAUCCAGCACCACCGAGUCGAAGAUCCCUCUGCAGAGGAGGACCUGCAACCGCAAGCGGAGGUGGUGGAGUCGUUCGAGUCGGAGUCCGCUCCUCCUCCCAUCGUCUACGACUGCUACGACGAGCCGAACCACGACGAGAUUGCCGAGGUGCUCGCGCUACUAGAGUACAACGAGGGGACUUCGUCGGCCACAGUCCUCGUCGACUAUACCACCACCAGCAUGUCGCCUACCAAGUGUUCGACGAUGGAUUUCUCCGACGCCGACAGCGCCAGGACUUGCGAUGUCACCGACGUCCCCAUCGUGCACUCCGCACUCAAGGCGUUCGUCAAAAUGCUCAACGGCGGGAGUGAGCAUCCGCAGGAGGUGACGCAAACCUCCAUCGCGCGGUGCGCCAGGAUCUCCGCCUGUGACACCCACCAGCCGACCACCUCCAUGUCGUGGCUGCACACACGCGUCCAUCGCUCCGUGCAGACGCCGUCCUUGCGGGGCGUCAUCGGAAUCGCCUAGACGAGCGGCGGACCUGACGCACACAGCCUGAUGGACAGCUCACGGAGCUGGAUCUUCACCGAGCUCGGCCAACCAACAUACUGCCCAGAGACUUUCCCGGAGGUGCCAUUUGAGAGACCAACUCCACCCAUAAUUUUCUUCGACGAGGAACAUAUCUUCGAGGAAGAGUCGUCUUCUUCCACCACGGCGACACCAAGAAAUCCGUCCGAUCCGAAGCAGGCGGGUGGCGACCUCGAUUCCAUCGCUACUGCGGCGCUGUCGGCGUCGGAGGAGAUCCCCCAGUCCCUGCUCGUCAUCGACCUCGAGCGCGCCACCUCCAAGUGCAUCAGGACCCACGCUGUCAACGAUGUCCCAGCUGUGCACUCCAUUAUCAAGGGCCUGCAACUGGAGCGGAUCGGUCUGGCGGGGAGCGCGCCCGACCUGGACACCCUCACCACCGCCCGCCAUUGUGGCAGUGAGCUCAGCUGCCAGCUCGGCAGCAACAAGCGGGAUGUCAGCCUCCGAGUUGGGUGCGACCAAAGCUAUGAGUGGGUCGACCCGGAGACCCUGGACAGGAGCUUCGUCGUGCUAGAUAAUGCUUGUGCUACCCAUGAGGUGUUCGAGGUAUUGCCUCUAAGCUUCCCUGCUGCUUGGGUUAAUGUUGGCAAGCUCCCAACCACUUUAUGUUGGAAAAUUCCAUGGCCACCUCCCGUUUUGUGGGUGAAUUUGCAUGCUGGCGGUCGUUAUAUAACUUCAUUGUUGGAAGAAUGUCAGCUAGUGUUCACCAUAUUCUUCGGUGGUGUUUGCUCACUUGCCAAGAUUCAGUGGCCUUAUAUGGUGUUGGAAUACCUUGCUAAUUUGCAUGUGAUUCAUGGGAAAAUUCAUAUGCAUCCGGUACAAGUUUGUGUCAGGUCCUAUGCAGUGAUGCCAUCUGCUAAGGGUCUUGUGGCAGAGACGCACCUCCACUUCAUCGGCACCUACAGGGGCGUCGUCAGCACCGCCUUCUGUACUGAGAUUGUUGAGUCUGCAGAUGCCUAUAUCUUUGCAGGCUCCAUUUUCAAGGACUACAGCUCCGUCGGUUACUCAUUCCUCCUCAAGAAGGCCAAGGCCAUCAUUGUCCAGCCUGAGCGUGUGGGAGUGGGAAAUGGGUUGUCAUUCAGAUGUUUGAUGAUGAAGGAGUACUGGACUGAAAUUGCUAAGAAGGUUAAAAAGAACACCACUACGUAUGAGAACUACAAGAGGAACUUUGUACCUGAAGGGCAGGCGCUGGAGAGCGAGCCGAAUGAGCCACUGCGAGUCAAUGUGCUCUUCAAAUACAUCCAGAAGAUGAUGACAGUUAAUAGUGUCGUGAUGGCUGAGACCGAUGAUUCUUGGUUCAACUGCCAUAAGCUCAAGCUGCCAGAAAGCUGUGGAUAUCAAUUCCAAAUGCAGUAUGGUUUAAUUGGAUGGUCAAUGGGUGCACUGCUUGGCUAUGCUCAGGGUGCGAAUCAUAAGAUCUUAUCACCAUUGACUGCCUUGCAUCCUCUUGUCGCAGUUUGCUAUGACCAUGAUAUUAUAAUGGAUGCUGCCGGUUUUGGUGAUGAGCUGGUGGUCAUCAGCUUGGGUGCUGACUGCCAAAUUAUUGCAUCCUACCACAGGUGGCCUUUCGGACAGACUGGAACUGGUCAUUUCUCCCCAAUUGGUGGCUACCAGGUUAGACAAGAUAUGGUGCUCAUCUUGGAUGUUGCUCGUUUCAUUCCAUUACAAUUUUUUUGGGAAGCCAUGAAUACAACUAAUGACUCAACUCUGAGAGGGUCCAUGCUUAUAUCAAGAAAGGUUGCAGAGUCUUCAUUGUUGUACACAGUGAGUUGCAGAGAUGAAAACUGGAAAAUCAUGCCAAAGUUUUGUGUUGAAGAUUUACCAAGUCUUCUGAAGGCAGGGAUUGGUGCUUGCGUGGGCUUGGUUACCUCUGGUCUGAGUGUUGUCAGCAGUGGCCAAGGCAAUUUUUCAGUAUUUGUUUGGGAUCCUGGUGAUAGCGGCUUGGUUACCUCUAGUCUGAGUGCCGUCAGCAGUGACCAAGGCAAAUUUUCAGUCUUUGUUUGGGAUCCUGGUGAUCGUGGCUUGGUUACCUAUGGUCUGAGAGUUGUCAGUAUUGCAAGAGUUACUGCUAUUAUGUCAGGCACAUAUGCAAGAGGUGCUGCUACAACUUCCUCUCCGAAGAUGCGCCAGACCCAGUUCAGAUGGAGGGCCGAGGAGAGGCAUGAUGCAUUCAACAAUGAUGCUAAUCCACAGAUAAAGUUGAUCCUACACCGUCAGCGGCUUGGGGGCAAGCCGUAUUUCAAGGAGUGGGGAAUGUUAGAUAUAUUAGGUGUAGUAGAUGAGCUAUGGGUUAUGUGGGCUUGAGGAGAUAUAAAUAUAGGCUGAGUCAGCUGUAAAAGGCAUCAAACAACGAAAUACAAAAUACCAAUUUACUUA